AAAUACCACCAGCUUCAAAGUUGACCGACCCCAUUUCUACCCCUCUCGCCAUUUCAGGUCCUUACUUUAGCCUCUAUACGGACGGACGAUCGAGUCUCGUCAUAUCUACGCCUGCGACCAACUCCAUCUGGCAGAUUCCCCUCCAACCGAGCUACAGGCUUCCGAUCUCGACCGAUUAAUCAUUCGAACUCAUGGUGGAGACUCGAAGCAGGGCGCAACACGGUGCCCAAACCCGGACUCUACGUAAGAGAAAGGUUCGCGUACCUUCUCCAGGGUCGGGAAGCGAGAAGGAGGAGGCUGGCGAGAGAAGGGCUUCACUACCGAAAUAUGGAGUGAGUUCGCGCCUACGGUCGCGUGCCAACCCUCGAACUCGAAACCAACGGCCCCUUAACGACCAAACCACAAGCCCCAGACGAUCGGCGCGAAAUAUAAAGGAUGUAUCCAACUCCCUAGAGGCGCGUAUGCCACAAACUCCUGCCUCGUCGCUACAUAUUACGCAGCCGGCCAGGGCGACCACUCCUGAUAGUGGAAGUGAGGAUUCAGAUCCCGGCGACGCUGUGAGCACGACGCUGCUCGGUAUAGUCAAUAGCACCCGGAGAUCGUCGCAACGAUCCAAUAAGCCUAGCCACCGGAACACCGAAGAGGAAGAACCCCUUGGGCUUGAGGAGGGGCACCGAGAAGAGCCUCAGGAAUCAGAAGAUGAGCACCAAGAUAGCGAUUCCGAAGGAGAGAAUACCAGCCGUGAGAGCACUACAGAAGGACAGGGCCACGUGGACGCUGACGAGGCACGCCCUCCCCCGCGAAGUGGCCCCGCGGAUGAGGAGGCCGAUAUCGAGUACGCGAGCAUACUUUCUGAAGGGAGCUUCGCCCAGGACGUAGAAAAUUUCAAAGCUCGAUACCCCGAUGGAUACGAGAAUUCUGGUAUCUUCGAUGGCGCCCUUCGAGAUGACGGUACUACUGCCGUUCUUGAUCUGCGGCCUAUUACAAAGAUGGUCGGACUUAUGACAUAUCAGGCUUGGCGCGGUAAAGAAAAAAGAGAUGCCGCAUGGGCCGAGGAGCCUUUCGUCGAUUCCCAGGACACGGAGCGACCUCCUACUCGAGCUUUGCCUAUCCGAUCUUUGCUCUUAGUCUUGAGAAAGCUCGAGACGGUCAUUCUAGUGGCUCCCUGGUUCCGCGAGCCCCUCGAGCAGAACAGAUUCUUCUAUAAGCAUGGCGAUCUCCUAAGUUAUUAUUUCUCAAAAGUUGAAGCCGUGAUCCAACAUAUUCGGACACGCCAGCUCGCAGACGUUGGGCCCGACCAAUCAGAUAUAAACAACGACCCCGAGGCGCGCAGAAAGACAUCGGAGGCUCUUGCACACGUUAUUAUUCCCAUGUUGGUCCAUAUACUGGGAUCCAUACGGAAACUAGACUUCCCUGGGAAGCGGUUAUUACGAAUGACCAUUUCUAUCGGCCGGCUCCUGAGUAAUGUGGUGACUUGGAUUGAGAUACUAUAUGACGUCACCCUGAGAGAGAUGCUGUCAUCCCUAUGUGGCGAUGAGGGUUCACCCGAACCCGGAAACCUACAAAGGAAGCUCAGGGACCUUGCGGACCCCCUGACGGAGCUGUCUGGCGCCAUCAAGGACGGCUUGAGGGAGAUCGACAGAAAAAAGAGGAGCCAGGAAUUAAGGGAUAAGCUGCUGCUCAAGAAGCAACUGGAGGAUAAGGAGAGGCAACAGGAGUAUAUGAGGCAACUACUACGGCGGGAAGCCAGGGCUCAACAAUUACGAGAUGAGGAGAUGCGGGCCGCCAGAGAACACAAUUAUAGGGCGAAGCUAUCCAUGAGACGUAUUCACAUACCGUUGUCAGAAUCGGCGAUAUCCUACUACCAGAGCAAAAUACAGUCGGCUCAAGCGGCGACAUCGGCACCGCGGCGGCAGUCUCCUCGCCGAGGGACGAGCGCCUGGUCACAUGAGGAGAGGCUAUUGCUCUUUCGCAAGAUACAGGAGUCGUAUCCCGAACUUCCGCACUUGGACGAACUGAGCUCGGAGAUUGACAGGGAGCCUGGAGAUGUAGAGGCUGCAGCCGAGGAGAUCCUCGGCCUGAUGUUGGCGAAUGUGCACCCGGAAAAGACGAAAGCGGACAUCGCGGUGCUCGUCGGCGGCUUGAUGCGUGCUUACAGGCGUGCACAGCGCCGAUGAUAGGGCAGACCCACGCCGUGGAGCCGAACGCCGGCCCAACGCGAGUGCGAAGUCUUUCUCCCGUCUUGCUGUAUCCCGUACUACGUAGCUAGUCAUAUAUCUAGGCCAUAGCGCAAGGCCGGCGGUACAGGUCGUCGAUUUGGGAGUCAACGACCCACCCGAUGACUACGUAUAGUACGUAUGUACUGACGAUUCGCGGAGAGAGAGCUCCUCUGGCGAAAGGACAAGGAUAUAGGAAACUGGAUGUUGGCUGGCUAUUAUUUGCUAGGGAGAAAAAGGGGGUGUUCGGCCUGACGACCCAACCGAGCUAGCUCAGGUGGUUUAACUCAGGUGGUGGCCGUAGCGAGCGCUUUCUGUAGGUAGGUAUUAAUAUUUAUUGAUUUGCGGCCCGGGCGCACAGCUACUGGCUGCACAGGUAUGCACAAGCGGUCGCGGAGGCAUUGUCUGCAUCCUGUCGUCGCCGUCUCCCUACCUCCUCUGAAGAAGCG